AAAAUUAUUUGGAAGGUGUUUAAUUAUACACCACUAUAAUUUUUCUCUGGUUAUAAAAAUCUAUUUUCGACCCAUAUUAUAAGUAGGAGUAGCAAAUUAAGGUCUAUAAAUACUAAUUGCCAAAGUUCACAUGAAUCAUCACUUUUCAAUUCUUUUACAACCAAAAUAAGAGAGAAAAAUGGCUUUAUCGAAGCUACUUGUGAUUAAGCUUUUCUCAUUCAUGGCACUAUUCAUCAUACCCCAUGCUGAAUCCUUUUCUCCAGGUCGGAAACUAUUCCAGUACCCACCGGCGUACUCUCCGGAGCUCCCACCGGCGUACUCUCCUACUCCGGAGCUCCCUCCGUCGUACAGUCCAACUCCGGAGCUCCCUCCGUCGUACACUCCAACUCCGGAGCUCCUUCCGCCGUACAAGCCUACUACGGACCUUCCUCCGGCCUACUAUCCUACUCCGAAUCUCCCACCAUCGUCUCCGCCAUCGUAUGCUCCUUCACCGUACGUUUCUGCUCCUCCACCAGCGCCUUGUUAAUCCAAAUUAUUGCGGCCCAUGAGAGUUCCAAUUUGGUUACAUUAUCACACAUCAAAUAAAUAAGGAUAUUGAUUUAAUACAUAUCAAAUAGAAUAAGGCUUCACUAUUUGCUAUAGAAUAAAAAGUUUGCUCGAUGAUGUUUCCCGUGCUUUCUUAUUGAUUUGCAUAAGGUUAUCUAUCUAAACUGCAGUUUAUAAUGUAUAUGAGAUCUCUCAUGUACGAAGAUUUAAAUUGAAAAGAAAAGAAAAAACAUAUCAAGAUAUGUAGUCUAGUUAAUUGUAUAUUACUGUAUU